AUGGCGCCUUUUCUGUUCAUUAUUGCUAUGGAAGGACUUCAUGUAGCAAUUACCAACCUGGUUAAAGACGAUGUUAUGCUAAUUGGAGAAUGGGACGCUGACAAUCUUCAAGUUAUAAUUAAAGCCUUAAGAUUUUUUGAUUGUAUUUAUGGGUUGAAAAUACAUUUACAGAAGCCAUCUGUCAUCGGUAUUGGUGUGGACUAUGACAAGGUGACAGCUAUGGCCAAAUCUCUGGAUUUAAGACAACCUAAUUGUAUUCAGAGAUUGAGGAUCACAAGAUUAGGAAAGCAUGUGAUUGAAGCAGAAGUGAUAUCCGGCAACAACAUUGGGUACAAAACUUACAUCCCCAAAAUGAAGCUAAUACCGUCAGAUCAACGAAUCCCGUUCAGGUUUCAUAGAAGACAAUUCCCGUUGGUCGUUUCUUUCGCAAUGACAAUUAACAAAAGUCAAGGAAAAUCUUUAACAACCGUUGGUUUGUAUCUACAACCAGUUUUCACGCACGGACAGUUGUAUGUUGCGAUAUUUCGGUUUAAGUCGAAAAAGAGUCUCAAGGUGCUGAUAUGCGACAAUGAUGGGAAGCCUAAAAACACUACAACGAUUGUCGUCUACAAAGAAGUGUUGUAA